AUGACAGAUCACAUAAUAAGUUUAGAUUCAGAAGAAAUAUUGAAUCUCGAGAAUCAAUACUAUAACGAGGGAUUUAAAGAGGGACAGAGUCAUGCUACAAAACAACAAUAUCUUGAAGGUAAAGAGUAUGGAUAUCAAACGGGAUUUCAAAGAUUUUUAAUAAUUGGAUAUAUACAGGGAUUAGUUGAUGAAUGGAAGAAAAAUAUUAAUAUUGAACAAUAUUCAUCUAUACGAAAUCAUAUAGAUCAAUUAGAUAAAUUACUAAGUGAUAUACCUAUUACUAAUGGUGAUGAGCAAGUAGCUCAAUUUGAAAUUAAAUUAACUAAGGCAAGAAAUAAGUUAAGAGUCAUUGUUACAAUCGUUAAAGAAUCUUGGAAAGUUGAUAAGUUAGAUGAAUUAGUUAAAGAGUUAGGAGGUGAACUACAUGUUAGUGAAAAUGUUGAGGAAAUGUGGUAG